AUGGUCAGCAAAAUCUUCGCACCAUCGCGUCUGCUGCGUACAGAAGAGCCAUCGAAGUUACAAGAAUACAAACCCAGACUGCAAUACACAGAAGACCCUACCCGCCUUCGCGACAACACCGACAAAGCACAACACACGAUCCCUCAGCGCAUCCUUGCCAUUCAAGAAUCCGAGGAGGACCUCACACACCCACAUCACGCCCACAGCGACGAUGACACAGACACUAGCCCGGAAAGCACUCAUCGGCUGGCAAUCGUGGACGCGGCGAGUGAGUUGAGGCGAGGAAUGGAGGCGAGAGCGGACGUGGUCGCCAUGGCGAGAGACAUUGGAGCGUGGACGAGUGCCGACCCUGAGAGUGGGGACUCUGCAGCUGCAUUCGUCGACACGGUGUUGGUUCCAGCUGGCGUCGUCAGUGAAGUCGCAAGCAUGAUGGAGAGAGCAAGAGAGGCAAUGAACGUGGACGGUCUGGUGGCACCAGAUACAGCUGAUUUCGACGAGUAUCAUUUGAAGGCGCUUUUGGGUUUGGCGAUGGAGCUGGAGAAUAUUGUUUCGUCAAAGAUUGCGUGUGUGGCGAUGGCCAAGGCUUUCUUCAAGUUUGUUCUGGUUCCGCUCAAGUUGGCGGCUCCAGUUGCCAGGUUGUUGUUGGAUCAGAAGCCGAAGCUCUUAUUGGCAUUUGCAUCGAAGGCCUUGCUGCUGAGGACUACUGGCGGCAACGGAUUCGGUGACGACAACAUGAAGAAGUUGUUGCUUUUGGCGCUCGUGGCACCGAAGGCUUUGGAUCUGCUCAAGCUGAACACAGGCGGCGACCUGUUGCCUCUCCUCAAGUUGCUGCCUCUCCUCGGAGGCACGAAGCUGGAAGCGCUUUUGCCGAUCGCGCUCCUCGCAAUGACUGCUUUCGAAGGUGCUGAGGCAGCCGGGUUUCUCAAGGCUCUCUUGAGUCAGAAGCUGUCUUCAGGAAGAAUCAACGUGGAGUCGACGUCGGAAGGAGUGAGUGGCGACGAGAUGGCUAUUGUGGACUAUGUGGUGGAGUCUUGGACGACUGUUGAAGAAGAGUCGGCGGCGGGCGUGGACGCGGCGAGUGAGUUGAGGCGAGGAAUGGAGGCGAGAGCGGACGUGGUCGCCAUGGCGAGAGACAUUGGAGCGUGGACGAGUGCCGACCCUGAGAGUGGGGACUCUGCAGCUGCAUUCGUCGACACGGUGUUGGUUCCAGCUGGCGUCGUCAGUGAAGUCGCAAGCAUGAUGGAGAGAGCAAGAGAGGCAAUGAACGUGGACGGUCUGGUGGCACCAGAUACAGCUGAUUUCGACGAGUACCAUUUGAAGGCGCUUUUGGGUUUGGCGAUGGAGCUGGAGAAUAUUGUUUCGUCAAAGAUUGCGUGUGUGGCGAUGGCCAAGGCUUUCUUCAAGUUUGUUCUGGUUCCGCUCAAGUUGGCGGCUCCAGUUGCCAGGUUGUUGUUGGAUCAGAAGCCGAAGCUCUUAUUGGCAUUUGCAUCGAAGGCCUUGCUGCUGAGGACUACUGGCGGCAACGGAUUCGGUGACGACAACAUGAAGAAGUUGUUGCUUUUGGCGCUCGUGGCACCGAAGGCUUUGGAUCUGCUCAAGCUGAACACAGGCGGCGACCUGUUGCCUCUCCUCAAGUUGCUGCCUCUCCUCGGAGGCACGAAGCUGGAAGCGCUUUUGCCGAUCGCGCUCCUCGCAAUGACUGCUUUCGAAGGUGCUGAGGCAGCCGGGUUUCUCAAGGCUCUCUUGAGUCAGAAGCUGUCUUCAGGAAGAAUCAACGUGGAGUCGACGUCGGAAGGAGUGAGUGGCGACGAGAUGGCUAUUGUGGACUAUGUGGUGGAGUCUUGGACGACUGUUGAAGAAGAGUCGGCGGCGGGCGUGGACGCGGCGAGUGAGUUGAGGCGAGGAAUGGAGGCGAGAGCGGACGUGGUCGCCAUGGCGAGAGACAUUGGAGCGUGGACGAGUGCCGACCCUGAGAGUGGGGACUCUGCAGCUGCAUUCGUCGACACGGUGUUGGUUCCAGCUGGCGUCGUCAGUGAAGUCGCAAGCAUGAUGGAGAGAGCAAGAGAGGCAAUGAACGUGGACGGUCUGGUGGCACCAGAUACAGCUGAUUUCGACGAGUAUCAUUUGAAGGCGCUUUUGGGUUUGGCGAUGGAGCUGGAGAAUAUUGUUUCGUCAAAGAUUGCGUGUGUGGCGAUGGCCAAGGCUUUCUUCAAGUUUGUUCUGGUUCCGCUCAAGUUGGCGGCUCCAGUUGCCAGGUUGUUGUUGGAUCAGAAGCCGAAGCUCUUAUUGGCAUUUGCAUCGAAGGCCUUGCUGCUGAGGACUACUGGCGGCAACGGAUUCGGUGACGACAACAUGAAGAAGUUGUUGCUUUUGGCGCUCGUGGCACCGAAGGCUUUGGAUCUGCUCAAGCUGAACACAGGCGGCGACCUGUUGCCUCUCCUCAAGUUGCUGCCUCUCCUCGGAGGCACGAAGCUGGAAGCGCUUUUGCCGAUCGCGCUCCUCGCAAUGACUGCUUUCGAAGGUGCUGAGGCAGCCGGGUUUCUCAAGGCUCUCUUGAGUCAGAAGCUGUCUUCAGGAAGAAUCAACGUGGAGUCGACGUCGGAAGGAGUGAGUGGCGACGAGAUGGCUAUUGUGGACUAUGUGGUGGAGUCUUGGACGACUGUUGAAGAAGAGUCGGCGGCGGGCGUGGACGCGGCGAGUGAGUUGAGGCGAGGAAUGGAGGCGAGAGCGGACGUGGUCGCCAUGGCGAGAGACAUUGGAGCGUGGACGAGUGCCGACCCUGAGAGUGGGGACUCUGCAGCUGCAUUCGUCGACACGGUGUUGGUUCCAGCUGGCGUCGUCAGUGAAGUCGCAAGCAUGAUGGAGAGAGCAAGAGAGGCAAUGAACGUGGACGGUCUGGUGGCACCAGAUACAGCUGAUUUCGACGAGUACCAUUUGAAGGCGCUUUUGGGUUUGGCGAUGGAGCUGGAGAAUAUUGUUUCGUCAAAGAUUGCGUGUGUGGCGAUGGCCAAGGCUUUCUUCAAGUUUGUUCUGGUUCCGCUCAAGUUGGCGGCUCCAGUUGCCAGGUUGUUGUUGGAUCAGAAGCCGAAGCUCUUAUUGGCAUUUGCAUCGAAGGCCUUGCUGCUGAGGACUACUGGCGGCAAUGGAUUCGGUGACGUCAACAUGAAGAAGUUGUUGCUUUUGGCGCUCGUGGCACCGAAGGCUUUGGAUCUGCUCAAGCUGAACACAGGCGGCGACCUGUUGCCUCUCCUCAAGUUGCUGCCUCUCCUCGGAGGCACGAAGCUGGAAGCGCUUUUGCCGAUCGCGCUCCUCGCAAUGACUGGCUUUGACGCUUUCUGAGGAGCGGCUGCGCUGGGUGUCCGGUGGUAACCUAGGGGAGAUUCGUUUUUAAUUAAAUUUGUGUCGCGUGUUCGUUGUAUCUAGAUCCAUCUACUUUUUUCUGGGCUUUCAAGAUGUUGCGUACAGCGUGUGGGCGUAGAAACUCGCUCGUCUACUUGCACCAUGCAGUGACGGUGUUGCUACGCCUACCGUCCGUUUGUCCAGUCGUUUACGAACUGAUGGGGCGGAGAAUCGUAUAAUCCUGUUGGUAUUUGCUUGAUGAGUUUUUGUUUAGGCUGCAGUGACGAAUGCUAAGCACCACUUCGCACUCAUGCCCAUGGAAGACGUACGAUAUCUCUCGAACACGAACGGUAAAACAUACUGCGGG